GCAGUUCAGCAUUUAGCUGCGUUGACGCCAGUGCUUGUUUGUGGAUUAUCUGGUUUGCCAUUCUGCAUUGGGAGCGACCCUUUUUGAAUCAGUGCCUGUAGUCCACUGUGCUUUUGUGCCAUUGUCUGCGCUCCAUCAGUGCCGAUGCCCACACAGUCUUGCUCUUUAAGGCCUGGGUGACAUACGGCAUGUUUAGUGCUACGAGAAAGAAGUUUGGAGAGGGGGUCGAUAGUGACUACCCUGAUGAAAGUAUGUACUAUGGCCAGUCAUCAAUGUUUCAGCAUCGACCAGAGAAAGAUAUGCUUGCAUCUCCUUCACCCUCGUCAUCAGGACAGUUGUCACAGCUGGGUGCAAGUCUAUACGGACCCCAAAGUGCACUAGGAUUCUCUAUAAGGGGCAUGAGCAAUAACACCCCACAACUAAAUCGCAGCCUAACACAAAGCGUCCAACUACCGAGCCAUAUUACUCCAACAACAGGGGUUCCAACAGUGUCCCUCCAUACCCCACCCUCACCUAACCGGGGGAUCCUGCCCAUGAACACCAGAAACAUGAUAAACCAUUCACAGGUUGGCCCUGGUUUGGGCAUGAGUGGCAGGACCAACAGCAUGGGUAGUUCAGGACUGGGCAGCCCCAACCGGAGCUCUCCCAGCAUCAUCUGCAUGCCCAAGCAGCAGCCGGCACGGCAGCCCUUCACCAUCAACAGUAUGUCUGGUUUUGGAAUGAACAGGAACCAGGCGUUUGGGAUGAACAGCUCACUAUCAAGUAACAUCUUCAAUGGAACAGAUGGGAGUGAAAAUGUGACGGGGCUAGAUCUUUCAGACUUCCCAGCGCUGGCAGACAGAAGUCGGAGGGAAGGAGGCAAUCCUACUCCACUCCACAACCCACUGGCUGGUAGAGCGCCCUAUGUUGGGAUGGUGACUAAGCCAUCGAAUGAACAAUCUCAAGAUUUCUCCAUCCAUAAUGAGGACUUCCCUGCACUUCCUGGGGCAAAUUAUAAGGACUCCACAUUAACUACUGAUGACGGCAAAUCAAAUCUGAACUCCUCAGGCAAGAUCAGUUCUAGUGUGGACGGACCCAAGUUCCCUGGUGAUAAGGCCUCAUCAACACAGAAUAACAACCAGCAGAAGAAAGGGAUUCAGGUUUUACCUGAUGGCAAGGUGACCAAUAUUCCCUCUGGGAUGGUGACGGACCAGUUUGGCAUGAUUGGACUGUUGACCUUCAUCCGGGCAGCCGAGACGGACCCUGGGAUGGUUCAUUUGGCACUAGGAAGUGACCUAACAACACUAGGUCUCAAUCUCAACUCUCCAGAAAAUCUGUACCCUAAGUUUGCCUCUCCGUGGGCCUCGGCGCCGUGUCGACCACAGGACAUUGACUUUCAUGUCCCGUCAGAGUACUUGACCAACAUUCACAUAAGGGAUAAGCUGGCUGCCAUCAAGUUGGCUCGUUACGGGGAAGAUCUUCUUUUCUACCUAUAUUACAUGAAUGGAGGAGAUCUCUUGCAACUCCUAGCAGCGGUAGAGCUUUUCAACAGGGACUGGAGGUACCAUAAAGAGGAGCGUGUCUGGAUCACAAGGGCCCCGGGAAUGGAGCCCACCCUGAAGACCAACGCCUACGAGAGGGGGACGUACUACUUCUUUGACUGUCUUAACUGGAGGAAAGUAGCUAAGGAAUUUCACCUUGAAUACGACAAGCUAGAGGAACGGCCACAUGUGCCAACGACAUUUAACUACAACCCAGCACAGCAGGCCUUCUGAGGCUCCCCUGCUCUUGAGACGGCGGGUGCAAGCAGAGGGGCUGUCCUUACUCACAAACACCGCUGCUGCUGCUGCUGCUGCCGCUCAGUGAUGCUGGUUUUAAAGUCCACACCAACCUGGCAAUGGACUGGGAGGGCUGGGCUGGAGUACCACCAAAGGGGAGAGAGAGAGGCCCUCACCACUUCCACGCUACUCUCUAGCGUCACAUUCAUUCAGGUUUUACCCCCCCCACACCACCCCUUCCCCCGCCACCCUGUUUUGUUGACUUCUCAUUUCAUUUCAGCAGGGUCUGUUUUGUUUACACCUCAAGCCAGAUGCCCAGCUGGCCCAAGGCAGGAGAAAUGACAGUACAGGACAUGCUUCAGUGACAGAACAAAGGCUAUAUGCUUUAGUUUUCCAAAGCGUACAGAACUGAAAUCAGCAGCACGGAUAAGUACAGCUACUACUACAACAUUGUCAGAACAGAAGACAUGCAAUGUUCAUUGUUGCACUACUUGGUAAUAAAGGAACACAAAAGUUGUCCUUUUUUCUACGUGGGAAAAUGUUCAGUUCUCUUUGCAUCUUCACUUCUUUCCUAUCCAUUAGUGUGACACAUUCCCACAACCCAGCAGUAUGGCCCCAGAAGCACUCUCUCUGGAGGAACGUGACCUGAACGGGUGCUCAGCCCCACCUCAAGUAAUUACAAACCAGAGACUGUUUAAGUGACCGUUUCACACAACCUCUGGACAAUCCUUCAUGGAAAGGUUGUGAAAUCAUCAAGCUUCAUCGUUGCAGACUGAAUGAUAAACACUUUCCAGUCUUUGUUACAAUUUUGUAAUAAAUGUGUACAUUUUUUAAUUUUUGGACAUCACAUAAAUAAAGAUAUGUAUGUAUGAAUGUGUAUAUAUAAUAUAUAAGUAUAUAUAUAGUGAUCUAUAUAUAUAUUCAAUGUCUAUUUUGGAAAGAAAAAAAAAGCCCUGCCACCUCGUUUUUAUGAGGGUGGCAAGGUUGGCAUUAUGUUGAUGAAACAGGAUACUGGUGGAAGUGAUGGACAAGAGGUCGCAUCCGUUACCCUGUGCACUUAUGACCAAGACAAUUAAGCGAGACUGAAAGGAAGGCCUGAUUUAAGCUAUCCAAGGACAUCGAAACCCAAAGUGACCAGGUUGGAGAUGUUUCAUGACCAGCUUUUAAAUUGACAGCCUUUCAUAGGUAAAAACAGAAUUGCUAGUACUACUUUAAACACAAUCUUGUAUUUUCUGACCAUGUUCCAAGUUCUUUUAUUUGUAUUAAAGCUACAAGUUUUCCUCAA